GUUCUAUCAUCUUAAUUGCAUUUUCAUAUGAUGUUAGAGGUAAUAUCAUUUGAUAUGAAACGAUAUCAAGGAUGAGAAAAAUAAAAACUGAGGUUCACAAACGUGGACGUAGGGGCGAAGUCAACUAACCCAAACAGAUAUGAAACGACUUCUACUAAACCAAACAAUACCAGAAGACUUGUGGAUAUGGCAGAAGUCUGAAUCUGCUCCUCCUUUCUCUCCUAGAAAUCCUCUUCACUUGUAGAUUUUGAAGCAUGGACUGGAUAUUGAUUAAUGCUGCAGCGAAAGGGGACAUCCAUCUCCUUAAUGCUGCAAUAUUUAACCAAUCACAAGUCGAAAAGAGAACGCCACAGAACAACAACGUUCUUCAUAUUGCAGCUAAGCAUCAGAGGUUGGCUUUCGCGGCAGCCAUACUUAAACUCUUCCCAUCACUCCUCCUUACAGAAAAUAACAAUGGAGACACACCUCUACACGUGGCAGCUAGUGUCGGUUCCUUUGAAGUUUCGAAACUUCUUGUCAACUCAGCCAAUCAAGUAACUUCAGAUGUCGAAAGCAAUGGAGUAACCGACACACGGAAGCAGCUAUUGAGGAGUACUAACAAGCAAAACGAUACAGCCUUAAAUGUUGCAUUGAAGAAGGGACAUAUCGAUGUUGCUAAGUUCUUUGUCGAAGAAGACACAAGAUUUCUAUGUAUGGCCAAUAGCAACAUAGUAUCUCCUUUGUACUUGGCUAUUGAAAGAGGGCUUUUCGACUUUGCUGAUCAUAUUUUGGAAGUAUCUCAUUUGGUCUCCUGUAAAGGUCCUAAAGGCAUGAAUGCCUUGCACGCUGCUGUGGACUCCGACAGUGUCAGAACUGGUUUCUUGAGAAAAUUGAUGGAGAAAAGACCAGAAAUGAUCAAAGCAGUUGAUGUUAUCGGAUGGACAUCUCUUCGUUAUUCGGUAUGGCUAGGAAAAACCGAAAUAACUCGACUUUUGCUUCAACAAGAUAGCUCAGCUGCUUAUAUAUCUGAUAAGGAAGGACAAUGUCCGCUUCAUCUUGCGGCGUCUACUGGUCAAAUUGAUGCAUAUAAAGAGCUUGUUCGCACCUGCCCUUACGUUUGGGAACUAGUUGAUUGUAAAGGCAGAACAUCUCUUCACUCUGCAGUCAUAUCAGGACAAAGAGGAAUCGUUCACUGUAUCCUAGAGAAGAUGCCUGAGAUUUCACUUCAUCUGUUGAACGAAAGCGAUGUAGAUGGAAACACACCUCUCCAUCUAUCGGUUAUUUACAGAUGCUACUCCAUAUUGCUGCUUCUCUUACGUAACAAGCGGGUAGAUAAAUAUGUUAUGAACCGUAAUCACUUCACAGCUGCAGAACUCUUUUUACUCUCACAAGCAAGAGAUAAGUUUCACUGCAAAGAUACUACAAACAACCGUCUCAGCAACAGAACAUAGAGACAAAGAAGAAGCAAGAGAAGGCAGAUCGUGAAG